UUUUUCUUUAAGAAGCCUGUAUCUGAUGAUUAUGUGAAAUUUAUACGACAGAAAGGAAUUUCACAGAGCAGCAUCUCAAAUAUCAAAAUCCCGGUGCCACAGGCAUAUCUGUCUGACCCAGGUUUUACUCCUAGUAGCGAGGAGCAGAUUAUACAGCAGUUCCAUCAGAAUCGUCGAUGCGAUGAUGAUGUGCGGAAAGCGAUGGCGUUUCUGUCCAAAAUGUUAGCCGAGAAGCGGGUAUUUGGUACAAAGCUAAUGGCGCAAACCACUGUUGCUGGCCCGAAUCAUUCAACUUACAAAAAUUUGCCGGAAGAAGGAAUUCACUAUAUUGCUUAUGUGUGCCGCAAAGUAAUGAUGCAUCGAAUCCCGAAUGAGGACGAGUUUUGGGAAGUGUUUCGUGAUGUGACACGCAAGCUGGCGGCUCGCUGCCGUCGGGUGCGGCAUUCGAAGAAAACAAGAAGCGAAGAGCGCGAUGCGAAGCGGCUGCGUGAUAGCAGCAGCCUGGAGCAUCUUCAUCACCAUCCCCAUUUGCAGCUGGGCGGCAGCAGCGGCACAUCAGGUACUGAAGAUAGUGUGAACGGCGCUAAUCCGUUACUUGUUAGCUUGAGAGUCGAUGCUGCGGAUGCUUUCAAUGCAGCUCUGGAGCAUCAUUUACAAGUUAGUGAUGAGCAUUUAAAAAGCAUCCAGAGCAGUGCUGCUGCUGCUGCUGCUGCUGCAGCUGCGGCCGCAUUACAGGCUCCGUUCAAACAGAAGCCCGAUGCUAGCAUUGCUUGA